AUGAGGCUCGACUUCCUCUUCGUCGAUGUGCGUCACACAAAGCGAAGCCCGCGGCGUCCGGGGAAGAAGCCAUGUUGAACCAGCUCCUUGUUUUUUAAUAACUCUAACGAUACAGUUAAUUUACUGUCAAAAGUGGAUUCAAAUCGAAAGCCGAACGGACGGUGAACCAUAAAAAUGUCAGCGGACGAUUUUCAGACGAAGUACGCCUCUGUCAUGGAGAGCAUGCUGAAGAGUGCUGUGGCAGAGACCACGAAACUUUUCGAAACUAUGGUCGACGAGCUGAAAGCAGAAAUAUCCAGAAUCAAGAAGGAGAACGAGGACCUCAAAACAAGAUGCAGCCAGUUUGAGAGUGCGAGAAGCCAGCCGGCUGUCGACACCAGAGAAAGUGAUCCUCUUCCAGGGCGAAGCGACGGCUCUAAGAAACGCGACAGAGCUGUUCAGUGUGAUCUUGUUCCUCUCCGCAUGAUGCUGGUUGAGCAAUGUCCACCACUGAGGGAAUCAUCAUUACAAAACCGAGCGCAACAAUGUGGUUAUGAGGAGAUGGAGUACGCUUUGCAGGACCACAACUAUGAGACCCAUGGAGAAAGGAAUUCUCAAAUGACAUUUAUACUUGUCAAGCAGGAGUCUGUCUUGAAGCAAGAGGAAGUUGAGUCCACUGUGGUCUGUGGGCAUGUCAUAAGUGAUAAAGCAGAUUCACCAUGGGCCUCUCCUCGUGGAACUGAAAAUGAAGGCCCUUUCAUUGACAAGGUCUGUUCAACUCGAGAGAUAGCCGUGCCUCAAAGACUUGAAGAGACCCGCAUGGCCCUGGAACUACCAAUUUUGGGAAUGUGUAGUGGUUUACAAGGAGGCCAGAACCAGUCAUCUGAACUAGGGCAUACAUUUGUCAUCUCACUCGCUGCAAUAAAAGAUGACCUAGAAGAAGAAGUCGGUCAGAAGAUAUCAGAAAUUGGUACACAGGGAGAACUCAGAACAUCUGAAAAACACCAGCUGUUGGUUGCUCAGUAUCAAUCAGAGGUUGAACCACCAUUAUUGGUCCCCAAACAAUGUCAAAAAGAGGGUGAAACAUCAGUAAAUAAACAAACUGAUAUUUCUCUAAAACAAUAUGCAGAUGUACAAGAUACACAGGACCAGUUGGCACAACCCACAUCAGUCAACGAAGGAGAAGAAUGUGAUGAAUUGAAAAAGGGCGUGUCAGAAGUUGAGCCUUGUUCCAAACCUGUCUUCAGUAUGUCAGUACGACGUAGAAGAGGACGUCCACCGAAGACAGAAAAAUAUCAACUAGUUAAAGAAAUGCUUCAGUCACCAUCUUCUGAUAUUACAACAGACCAAGAAGUGAAAAAGUCCCCUGCAGUAAGAGUGGAAGAGGUUGAGGUAUCUUCUGCAGUUGAUACAGUUAAUAUCCCUUUAUCCGAGUCUCCACAAACAUGUAUAGUUCAGCCUAAGGAGUCUUCAUCCACUAUCACCCCAUCAAUCCAGGAGAGAGCAAAAUCUACUUUAGAAGAUGUGAGGAGCAGUAAGGUUGGUUCUCUGGCUCUUUCAGUAGCAUCUGAAUCUCAGCAAUGUUCCAUGAAUAUGGAAGAGGGGGCAAUUCAAGCUCCAUCUGCAGUUAAUACACCAGCUAAGUCAACACAAGCAUCAGUUGAGCCCAGAGAACACCACACCUCUGUAACUCUUCAGGAUGCAAUGCUAUUUGUUGAAGCCAUGAACCAGUCGAUAGAAGAAAAUAAAUUCUCCUCUCCACAAAAAAUGACAGCACCACUCCGAACUGAGUGUGCUCCCCACAUGGGAGAGGUCCCAGUCAAACCACAGGCACUGCCGCUCCCUGCUGAAACUCAUGAUGGUAUAGGCAAGCUACCCAUAACAGAGCUGUCCGCAAAAACACAAUCAAGAGAGAAACAUGUUGACCCGUCUCAGACUAAAGAUGCCAAUCCAACCAUCGAAGCUCAGGCCCUUACGCUCUGUCUAUCCAAUACUAGUACAUCUUCAGUGCCCUCAUCAACUGCAGCAACUCAAACAAGUGUGCAGUCCCUUCAGCCGCCCCACACCCAUUCUCUGACAACAUCAGCAGCACCAACUAAACGGAGUAAUGCAGUACCUCAUAAAAUAAUUGUUGUACCAAGAUCAGUAUCCUCAUUAAAGUCUUUUAAAAUUGCAGAACAGUCUUCAACCCAGCCAGUUGUUGCUACACAAAAUAAUAGUAGUCUUCCAGGCUCUACAACUGCAAGCUUACCUCUUGGAACACCUUCCCUUUCCUCUGUUCCUCAGAAAACAAUACAUGUUACCUCCAGCAAAUCACUUCCUGUUGACACUUCACAGUCGACAGCAGUAGCAUCAAGGAAACCUCAGUCACAGACCAUUGUUCUGACACCAAAUCAGGAGUCAACCAAAUCAGCUGCUCUUGGCACGGUGUCUUUGUCACAGGAGUUAAAAGUUUCUGUCAAUACACAAACUGUUUUAGAUGCAGUGGCCACAAUAUCGUCUCAAAAGAGGCAUAAUACAUCGGAUAUUUCUGAAAUAAUAAAUCCUCAUACAGUAACCUGUUCCAGUUUAAAUAUGUCAGAUGAGCUGCUGCCAACUUCCAUGUCCCCAGCAGUACCACCAACUUCUGAGCACAAACUCUCUGCUGUUGUCCGAUUAACUAGGCUCCCAUUUACAGUGUCGACCAAAGAAUCAGUCUUGGUUUCAAGACUGGAAACAAAUGGAUAUUCUGACCCUCAGUUCAUUUUGAAAGAAGCUUCCACAAAAGAGGAAUUGUCAUCUGUUGGCAUAUCAUCACAGACAUCACAGACACUUGCGUUAUCCACAGACAUUUGCCCAAGUUUAAAAGAAACUUCUGAUGCUGUACCUGUUCAUACCUCUCAGAUGUCAGAAGAGCCAAAUAGUAUUCAAAAGAAGGCAUCAUUAUCCUUUGAAAACUGCACCACUCAGGAACAGUCACCUUACAGCGGACAUGUGCAGCCAUCUACACCAUUCAAGAUGUCACAGCCAGUCUUUGAGAAAUCAACGUUUACCAUCACCACAAUGGAGCCUUCAGCUGUAUCUGGCACAGCUGUUGAACCUACUUCUGAUCUGGAUGAGGAAAUGAUCAGAAUUGCUGUGCAAGAUUGUGGGGUAUCAAAUGACCAACCUAUAGAAGAGAAAAAAUCAGCUGCCCUUAUACAUCUAACCUCCCUCAUAUCCAAGGAUACAGCUGACCCUCAUUCACAGAUGACUAAAGCCCAGUUCCUGGCACAGCUGGCAGUGUCACCUGUGGAACAAGACUCAACAAAGGCCUCCUCUAAUGACUCUGUAGAUGACAGCGCUUCUUGUGCAGAGACCAACACCAGUGACAAGAAAAAAUUACAGAAAAACUCCCUUAUGGCCCAACUCCGAAGUCACAUCAAAACCCAUUUUCAAUCUAGAAGAACUGAAACAAAUCCAGAAGCACACACAGUAACAGAAACCUGCACUGUAAGCCCUAAGAAACCUAGAUUAGAAAAUGACUAUUCAAAUGAUAAAAACACAACUAUUAAACCUAUUGCCAGUCCAAAAAACCCAGGAGCAGUUGAAGAUGUUACAUCUCUAAAACGGAUAACUAAUGACCCUACUCCCAUUAGUCAAAGUAAAUCUGGACUAUAUAAAGAUGGUGGUAAACCGAAGAGCCCUGUUAGUGAAUCAUCUGUCGGUUCUCAGAGGUCUCAGCCUAUUAGUGAAUCCACUAGGUCUAGUUCAGGUAGACAUGGUGUAAGUUCCAAAAAUAUGAAAUCCACUCCUGUGAGUCCUAGGAGAUCUAGUUUAACUAAACAAAAGGCUACCCCUAAAAAGACCACAAACACUUCAGUGCGUCCUAAGAGGACAUGUUCAACUAAAGAUGGUCCAAGCCCAAAAAUUGGUAGUAGUCCUAACAAUACUAAAACCAUCCCUCUGACAACUAAGAAGACUAGUUCAAGUAAAGAUGGGGCUAGCCCUCAAAAGACUAAAUCUACAUCUGUUAGUCCUAGGACCACUAAAAAUGGCACUAGCCCUAAAAUGUCUACCAAUGAAUCAACUUCUGUCUGCCGUAGGAGGUGUACCUUCACUAAAGAUGGUUCUAGCACUAAACAGAUAAAAAGGGAGUCCAGUUCCUUCAGUCCUAGGAGGUGUAGCAUAACUACAGAUGGUGCUAGUAUGAAAAACACAAAGAGUGAAACAGAUUCCCCAAGUGUAAGGUGGCCUACAUUAUCUAAAGAUGAUGUCAGUCCUAGAAAGACUCGGGAAUCCACUUCUGUUAAAAAACCCAGAUUACUUCAAGAUUUUACCAGUCCUAGAAAUACUUUAAAUGUGGUGAAUGCUCAGAAGUUACAUUUACAUAAUGGAGCUAAAACAAGCCAGUUAGCGGAGAACCUUGCUAGCUGUGAGGCUGGAAAAAAAUUUACGACUAAAGCGGUGUGGACUCCACCUAUAAUGCCAGCCACUAAAACACCCCCAGGAGGGGGAAAGAAGUCAGUGCACUUACCUGAAAAGAAAGAGACAAGAUCCCAGGGUCAUACAGUAGUUUACCCCCCCAGUGUUUCUCUUCACCCCAUACCUGUCAAAGCACCACCUGUUGUAUCCCCAUUACAGCCUUUAUCAGUCAUCGGUAGGCGUCUGCUCAAGAACCAGUGUGGGGAGUGUGGUCGCGUCCUUAGCAGCAGUGCUGCUCUGGAAAGCCAUGUUAGUCUCCACAAAGGUCGGCGACCUUUCUCGUGCACGCUCUGCGGGAAGCGCUUCCCAGAUUCCAAAGGUCUUAAACGGCAUGGCCGGGUGCACCGCAAUGGUAGGAUCCAUGUCUGCCAGCAGUGCGGGAAGGGCUUUGUUUACCGAUUUGGCCUUACCAAACACCUCCAGAUGGUGCACCGCAGGAUUAAACCUUUUGUCUGUCAGAUCUGCAACAAGGGAUUCUUCACAAAACUAGAUGUGGAAGCUCACAUACGAAUGCACACUGGAGAGAAACCAUUCCAUUGCAACCUUUGUGAAAAAAAAUUUGCAAGGAGGGUAGAGCUAAAUGUGCAUUUAAGAUGGCAUAAUGGGGAGAAGAGACACUGGUGUCCAUACUGCGGAAAGGGAUUUUUAGACUUUAAUAACCUGAAAAGGCACAAGUAUAUCCACACGGGGGAGAAACCACAUUCUUGCCCACACUGCCCCAAGCACUUCACACAGUCAGGUCACCUUAAAAAGCAUGUGAAAAAUGUACAUAAAAUCCAAUGAGAGAUGGACAUCCAAGGCGCCAAACUAUUCUAAAGGGAACAGUAAUGUUUUUCUAUAAUGAGAGAUCUAAAGAGAUCUAAAG